AUGAUUUUGGAUAUAAUUAGAAAAUGUGAAAAUAUAGUUUCCCACUACGUAUAUAUAAACCGUAUGUAUGGAUUGCAAGAUGAAGAAUAUCGAUUGUCAAGAUUAUUUAUUGACGACAAUGCUCAAGUCUACUCUAUUAGUGCAUUCAACAAGGGUCAUCUUAAGCAAUGGCUUCUUACUAAUUCCGACGUCCAUGAUUAUGCCGAAGAUAUGGAUGAUAUUUCUCUACCUAAGUUAAAAUAUUUGGAAUUUGUCUUGAGAUUUAGUAAAUUAUAUUUAGAACCUUCAGAUUCAGAUUUUUGCAUAUCCAUCGUCACAUACAAUCCGAAGCCUAUACAUUUGUCUACAUUGCAGUCGUGUCAACCUAAUCAGUAUUGUUUCGAACUUUUGCACUCCUCGCCAUCGACUGCGUACGCGCUCAGUCAUAGACUCUUGAACAUUUUAAUUCGGCACCAAAUGCUUCGCUGUUAUUUGAAGAGCCCGGAGGAAGACUCAUCGCAUAUCGAUCUGCUGUGCGCCUUCAUGUAUCGGGAGACGGUAUACUUGGCGCGUCGCGGCUUUUUCGUCAGGGAUAUGUUCUUGGAACAUAUUGCAAUAUGCGCGAUGCGGGGCUAUGAGGAAUUCCACCGUCGGAACUGGUUCAACAAAGUCUUAAGUUGGAUAAAUGACGAGGGUUGCAUUCAAGAGAACCCAAACUGUGAAUAUAAUACGACCAGUUUACUGCUCAAGAGAAACGCGGGGGAUGAGGUGAUGAGAAAGAAAUUAAGAAGGGAGUUAAGGAAUGAAUUACUCAAAGAGUGUCACGAUCACCCUAUGGCGCUCGUGAUGAUUGUAUUGGCACACGGGAUUCGAUACGCAGUGCAUUAUAUGUCAGAAGUUACUUAUCCGUUGAUUUAA